GCGGUCCACCACCUCUCCUGCGGGUGCGCUCGUUUUUAAGUACCGUCCAUCUGUUGUGGACAUAUAAAUGAAGCCCACUCAGAAUCCCCGCCCAACUGGCUGGCUGCGUGAAACCAACACUAGCGCUCCUUCUGUAGGUCACGUGACAUGGGAAAAAUGGGAGAAAGAGGGCAGCUAGAUGGACACCGCUAUGAGGACUUGUUCCAGAACAGACAUCAAGACUCCACCGGAUGUGAUUGAAAAUUGCCUGAAAAGAUGAAAUACGAGAUGUGGACGCUUGGAAUGAAAUGAGCAGGCGGAAUGGAUGCAGGAGACCACGUACACAUGAAAUAAUCAUCCGGCGAGCGAGAGAAAGAGGAGUGACGAUGAAAUUGAACGAACGCAGCGUGGCCCACUACGCCACGUGCGACUCGCCGCCCGACAAGACGGGCUUCCUGUUCAAGAAGGGCGAGCGCAACACGGCGUAUCACCGCCGCUGGUUCGUCCUCAAGGGCAACAUGCUCUUCUACUUUGAGGAGCGUGACAGCCGCGAGCCCAUCGGCGUCAUCAUCCUGGAGGGCUGCACCGUGGAGCUCUGCGAGUCAGCCGAGGAGUUCGCCUUUGCCGUCAAGUUCGACUGCGCCCGGGCUCGCGUGUACAAGAUGGCGGCCGACAGCCAGGCAGCCAUGGAGUCGUGGGUCAAAGCAUUGUCGCGGGCCAGUUUCGACUACAUGAGGCUGGUGGUCAAGGAGCUGGAGAGGCAGCUGGAGGAGAUCCAAGAGGCGACUGGCGGAGGCCCGCAGGGCAGGCCCAGGGCAUCCAAGCGAAUGUCCAAAUCCAGAUCGUCCUCGUCGUCCUCGUCCUUAUCGACGUCGUCCUCCAGCUCCGGACAAAAGAACCAUCAGGACGAGGUCCAGCUCUUGUCCGCAGGUCCCAAGGAGAACGGCGUCGCCUGGAGCAAACCGCGCCCCGGCUUGGCUAAUGGUUCCUCUGAUGGGGUGUCCUCCUGUGUGGCCUGGGAGGGCGGGGCUAAUGGGGCCAAGGCUCCCCCGGUGCCUCCCAGAAGAAGAGGAGCGUCUCUGGAGAGCCCCUUCUCCCCCGGCACCGGAUGCUUUUCCAAGCUCCACGACUGGUACGGACUGGAGGUGGAGGAACUGAGGGCACAGUGGCUGCAGAGUCAGUGAACCCACGGAGACGGGGUCAAGUUCUCCAAAAAUAAUUCAUUCCGUUGUGGUUCCGUUUUCCAGGGUCAAGGCGGACACUGGAGAGCAUCCCCAAGGACUUGCUGCUAAAAGCAGACUACACCCUGGAAUGUUUGAAAUGAUCAUCACAAGCCACUUUUCAUAGACUGUUCGUAAAAGUUGUUUUUUCCCCCAUUUUGCCAAAAAUGGAGGGAUGAAGUUGACCCCUAAGGCACAGACACAAAAUGAUUUGAAGUCAACCGAGCAAUUUUCACCUUUUGGAGGUGGUAGCCAGUUUCACACCAACUGUGCAUUUUUCUGACUUUUCAUGUUCUGGAAAAGGAGACAAAGACAAUCUAGCUUUUUCCACACCUUUGGAUGUAGCAGAAGGCAUUUUUGCCUUUUCCAAAAUCAACGUUUGGUACAAAUGGCGCCACGACAGAACGGAGAUAGAAAGUCGACCCACAUUUGACAGUAGUAGCCAGUUUUACACCAACCGGAAAAGCAUUUUUCCACCUUUUUUGUGUCACUGUUCUAUAGAAACAGCACAGACACAGUGGAGGCGACAGGGCAAAUUUCUGCUUUUGUAGGUCACAGCCACUUUUAUACACGGGGCUGUAAAAAGCGUUAUUUUCCUCAAUUGGUUGUGGUGCUGUUGUAUAGAGACGCUGCCUGUAAUGAAGUUUGCAAUACUGGGACCACUGUGUUGAAGUUUAA